AUGCCCGUCCAAGCAAUGUUUGACGACGAGUACUCCUCGCAUGACUCGGAGUUCGAGACCGACGUCUCUACUCGGCGAACAGGUCUCAGAACCCAUAUCCGCGAGCGCUCUAUCUCUCGCCACCGCCGCCCGGAAGUCAUCUCUCGCGAGUUCCUAGCACCAAUCCAAACCCGCGUGCACCGGUCGGCUUCGACAAGCGGCCGACGCCGCGAGCGCGACGUACCAACGGCACCACCACCACCCCCAGCGGUAAUGAUUUUCAACGAGCAAGGGCUGAAGUCAGAGAGUCGCUCGGAGAACAAGCCCCAGUCUCGACGGGUGCAGCAGCGGUUCAGCGAAAAGCAUAACCACAGCAACCACAACCACAACCGCUUCGAUGAUGAGGAUGACGAUGAAAUCAUGCAGGCGCCGGCCCCCGCGCGCCGCCGUGGGCGCGCCGUCAGCAGCGUCUCGCGCGAUGCCUCCCCCUUCCACCGUGACCACGAGCUGGCCAUGAGCCAGCACCUGCUGGAGCGCAACGACAUCCGGCAGGAUAUGGGUCAGCACCUGCUGGAGCGCAAUGAUCUCCGGCAGGACAUGGAUCUCUGGAAGCAUCAGCAGGAGAUUGAACGGCUGCAGCGGGAGCUGCAGAAGUCUCGUGGGCGCAGCGAGAACGAGCGCGAGAGAAUUGUUAUAAAUCCGCAGCCCGAUCCGCACGAGGCUCGGCUGCUCAGAGAGGAGCUGGAGUACGAGCAAGAUAUUUCGGAGCGGCUGCAUAAGCUGCAGCGGUUCGAGCGCAAGCAUCAAUCCGCGGAGGAGGAGCGCAAGGCUGAAGAGCGCUAUCAGCUCAAGAAGCUUGCGGCGGAGAAAAGGGCUGCUGCCGAAGAAGAGGAGGUUAGACAUAAGCUCCAGGAGGAGAGGUUGAAGGAUAUUGCGCGCAUGCAGGAUGAGAAGGGGCAGAGGGAGAAGCUCGUGCGGGAGGAAAAGUGGAAGGAACUUGCAAGGAUGAAGGAGGAGCAAGAGGAGAGAGAAAAGCUUGUGCGAGAGGAGAAGUGGAAAGAGCUUGCUCGGCAGAAGGAAGAAGAGGAGGAGCGCGAAAAGCUCAUUCAGGAGAUUCGAGAUGAGGAUAUGCGAAAGGCGAGGGAGGCCGAGGAGAAGAGAAAGAAGGAGCUCGCUAUGAAGGCUGCUGCUGUUGAGGAGUGGAAGCUUGAACAGGAGCGGAUUAAACAGAGACAGGCGGAGGAGGCGAUACGGAAGGCGAAGGAGUUCCGCGAUCACCUCCGCAGCAUUGGCUAUUCUGAGGCGGAGAUUGAUGUUAUCAUCAAUAAGAAAAAGGAAGAGAAGAAGAAAGAAGAGAAAAACGAGAAGAAAGAAGAGAAGGAAGAGAAAAAGGAAGAGACCAAGCUCACAUGGAUUAAGGUCCACCGCAAGCACUUGAUGCCGGAUACCUUGAUCGCCUACGGUCUGCCUUGGGACUGGGACGAGCACGACACCAACUACAUCAUCAUCAAAAAGUGGAUAGACGACGACUUCCAAGAACAGCUCUUCGCUCAUACCCGACGUCUACGCGAGGGCAAGGUCAUUGCCCAGACGUCCCACUCGAUGACCGAACUGAAAGUCAACGACCGCAAAAAGGACAAAUUGUUCAUGGUCCGGAAGAAGAGCCCUUCAGGCCGGGUGCGCAUCUUCGGAUAA